CAUCACCUAGCGACCCUACUUGACCUGGGGUUGACCUUUGCUUCUGUUAUCGACCCUUGACCACCCUCAAUCAAGCCCGGCGCAUUUCGCCUUGCAAGGCGCGGACCAGGUCCACCCUUCACCACAGUCGACAGUCCAUGCAAUAUGGCUCCGCGAACAGCACUUCUAGUGAUAGACAUGCAGGUCUUCUUUGAGUCGAUGACAACAACCGCCCUGCCCAAUAUCAUCACCCUCUGCAGGCAUUUUUCCAAGACCUCGGCGCCGAUCGUGUUCACCCAACACGGUCACACCAAGGCCGAACUUACCACCAAUCCCUCGCCGAACCAGCUUGUCCGCAAAUGGGGCGUGUCGGGCUCCAUAGCAGCGGGCUCAAGUGACUGGGAGCUUAUCGACGAUCUGCGGCAGUUCAUACCCAAAUUCCCGCCACGGCCGGUGAACGUAGGCGAGUCGUUUCCUCCAGCCGAGGAGCAGAAGUUCCCUAAAUUGAUGGCUAAGAACACGUACGAUGGAUUCAUUAAUACCAACUUAACCAGGAUCCUGGAGGCCUCCAAGAUCGAGCGUGUGAUUGUUUGCGGCGUCAUGACAGAUUGUUGUUGCGAUACAACUGCGAGAAGUGCAUUCAACCGUGGGUACGAGACAUGGCUUGUCAGUGAUGCUUGCGGCAGUGCGAAUAAGAAGCAACAUGAUGCUGGUCUGCGAGGUUUUGGCUUUGCCUUUGGUGAGGUGUUGACCACGAGUGAGGCAAUGGAGCGAUUACAAGGUUAG